UCCGGCGGAGAUGGUCUGGCUACGCGAGACUAUUGCCUAUUGCUCAGAACUGCGUGCGUCAUGGACUCAAGACAAGCAGACAGUUUUUUAGAACCAAGCAUCCAAAGCAAAGAAUUUGGUGAGGAAAGAGUCGCAGAACGGUCGUCUGUUGCUACCAGUCAACUGACGGAAGAGAAGCCAACGUCAAAAACCAGUCAGAGUAAUGGAGAAACAGCAACACGUCCUCAAGAGUACGAAUCACCAGACUAUUUAUGGAAGAAAUGGAUUCUUCCUCUAUUUUAUGAUUUAGUGCAAAUUCUCCCAGUCGAACCCAUUCUUGAUAAGCUACUGAGUACGAAUCAGGUGACACUAGAGGAGUUCGAUAAACUGAAGCAAAUGAGUGGAGACGUUGAACGAGCUCGUUAUCUGUUGAUUAACAUCUUACCUUAUCGAGGCAACGAAGCUUUUUACAUGUUUUGUGAUACUUUGUUGGAAGUUGGUGGUUAUGAUCAAAUAUUACAUCUUAUACAACCAGAUAAACAUCCAGAUCCACACAAGAGAGAAACCAAAGAAAUAAUUGCACAAUUAGUACAUGGGGCAAGAUCUCGUCGGCUAGUUGUACCCGAAGAGUCUCCACAAGACAAAGGAAAGCCAGAGCGGAAGGAACUUUUUCCGUUUGAACUGGCAAAGAGAAAUUUUCCUCAUGCGUGUGGUCGGAAUGCAAUUAUCACCACAAUGUCGCGUUACUUUUGGAAAGGAGAACAUGAACAUGCAGUGAAUGUCGACAUUAGUGAUUGUCGUUUGAUGUGCAUUUGUGCUCAAGGUGGGGCGGGCAAAUCAUGUGUAGCAGCCAACUAUGCAAGGAUUUACAGAAAGUCAUACGAAGGAGGAGUUUUCUUUAUCAGCUCAAGAACAAGCGCAUCUUUAAGACACUCAAUUCAAAAAUAUAUCGUUCGCCUAAGUUGUGAGAAAGAUGAUGUUGCAAGUCAAUCAUUGGAAGAAAUGAAUGCGCGCUUUCUAGAUCUCGUCAGUCAACGUGGAGGCAAUGCUUUGUUGAUCUACGACAGCAGUGAUGAUUUAGACGUCAUCAGACAUGUAGUUCCUUCUUGCAACAUGAAAGUUCACGUUAUCAUUACGACGAGAUGCAGAGAUCACGUGCUGAUGCGAGAAGGCAAUGUGAUCCAACUGCCAGAGUUGGAUGAAGACGCAGCCGUCGAGUGUUUGUACAGUUGGGCUGGAAAAUGCAACGAUGACGGGAAGAUGUCAGAAAAGGAAUACAAUGAGAUCAAAGGUAUAGUGACCGAUGGACAAGUAAAGCUAUUGCCACUGGCCAUUCGACGUGUUGCAACAUUGACGAAGAAAACAGGGGUUACUUUCAGGCAGAUGAGAGAAAAACUGUCGUUGAAGAAAGAGAGCGUUCGUUAUCCAGUCGAUGAUCUAGAGGACAUAUUACGUGGUUGGGGACUGCAGCAUCUACAGCACAAGCUAACCAGUUCGGGCAUUGCACGGAUCGACCAAAUUCUAGAUGUCGAUGUCGCCUCACUGGCCAAAUCGUGCGACAUUUGUACGAGUGAUGAAGAGAAGCUGAAGAAUAUGAAGGAAAGACUAAAAGUCGACAGGGAAGCACCGAUGCAAUGGGAUCUCGAUCUAGAAGAAGUGGCAAGAAGGUCCGAAGAUGCAGAGAAAAUUCUCAGUUUUACUUCUCUGAUGGAGACGAGCGCCAUUCCUACUGAUGUUCUUUUUGCAGCUGUGAUGAGGGAAGGAGAGUCGAGGAUUGGAGGAAAUGAGUUUGACGUCUCUCUGCAUUUGCUGUCCGACGACUUUUCUCUGCUCACAUUGAAUGACGAGGAAUGCACAUGUGCGAUUCAUGCGCUUGUUCAGCAGUCCGUUGUAAGCCACAUGAAGAGAAGAGACAAAUUCCUACCUUUUCUCAUUUGUUUGACAAAGUGUAUGCAAGACAUGUUACCAAAUUCUGGUGAGGCCAUGGCACGCAACCUCAACAACAGCAAGUUGAUUGCAUUGGCUCCACACGUUUACAGCGUUUGUGAUCACAUCUUGAAAUCGAAAUGUAUACAGCAAGAAUGUCUAAAGCUCUUGCAGUUUUCUUGUUUGUUGGCAAAAUGUUUGCACGACAUUCCAACAGCCAAGCAUUUAGCAGAAGAGAUAUUGAAAAUUCGUCGUCAACUCGGCACUGGCAGUAUUAACGAUGCAAUUGAAAUGAGCAGCAGUCUGAUUUCUGUUGGUGAUGCGUACAAUCUAAUGAGUAGACCUGACAAGGGGAAGCCAUACUUUGAAGAAGCCGUGCAAGUAUUGCAAGCAUUUGGCGACGACAGUUCUCUUCCUAUGAUAUAUGGUGUGGGGUUAAGACGGAUUUACUUGCAGAUUGUGAUCACUCUAGAGCUGUCGAGCUCUCGUGGCCAUCACGUUUUCUUUGGCGAUAGCAUGUUGAGCCAUGUCUACAAUGGCAACUGGAUCGCGAUCAAAUCGCGAUCCGAUCACGAUAGAUCAUCCGAUCCACAUCGCGAGGUGGAUUCGAUUCACAUCGGUUCGCUAUCACUUGAAUUCACUCUGCAACGUUUAGCAGAUAGCUACAGGCAAAUGAAAAACUUUGAAGACUCAGAGCGACUGUUUACUAAAGAGCUUAACUGGAGGAGAAAACGGGGAGGAGAUGAAGGAAACAUUUCAAGUGGAUUUACAUCUGCAUCUCAAUUUUAG